AUGAACACAUUGAUGCGACUUCUCAGCGACGAAGGCCUAGAGCUAAGUCAAAAUGCCGUACCUUACACCUAUAUUGACGGCAAUACGGUCUACCACAUACCCUCCGGCAACGUCAUGAGCCUACAAUUAUAUGUUAGAAAGCCAACAAUCAAAGAGCCAGUUAGACAAGCUACAGCUGGCGGAGUCGUAUGCGUCGGUAGUUCAUUCUUCUAUCUCACAGUAUAUCAUAUCCUCGAGCGAAACGAGCACCAGGUAUCACUGCAGGACAGCAAGCUUCAAAUCCACGGAAAGCUUAUAAACCUAGACGAUGAAAAGUACCAGGUGAGCUGCCGGGGAGAGGAGGAUGAAGAGGCCGAUGAUUCUGGAUUUGAAGACAGUACCCAAUCCGAUUCGGAUGGAACGUCUACGACGAGCGACAGUGACAACGGCAGCGGAGACUCGGGGGUCAGCAUGCAGCUCAGUGAAGAGCACAUGAGAGGCGCUUGUAUUGGUUCUACCGGCCUUGAUAACAACCCGUCAUUUUCACCCCAAGUCCCUCUACCCACAGAGCAAACUAAAAUGGAUUCCGCCGAAAUAGCCUCAUCUGCUGCAUUCGGGAGUGAAUCACUUGAUUAUCUGUUAAUAAAGCUCCAGAACGAGGAUCAAAAGAAGGUGAAUAGGAUUGAAGCCUCACAUAUUCGUUCACACGACAUCUGCGUCGAUAAGAUUGCUUCAAUCGGCAAUGAGGAUCGCAAAGUAAUCAUCCUAUCGACAUCUCACGGAAUCUCAAAAGGUGCUCUAUCUGCCACCCCCCGUUACAUGCGUUUGGCGAGAACAUCUACAACUCGAAAGACGUUUGCCCUACAGCUUGAUAGGGAUGUGCAGCCUGGUGAAUGUGGGUCAUGGGUAGUGGACGAGGUUUCCGGUCAUCUCUACGGACAUGUUUUUGGCGGAGGGAUUGGCACAAGAACCGCCUACAUAAUACCAGCAGAUGACAUCUUCGAAGACAUAGAACGGAAAUUUAGACAGCCAGUAUUUCUGCCUUCCGUGAAACAGGAUUCACAUACGCCAUCUGGAAUGAGCCCGGGCACGACUCCCCCUCAGGUGCUACAAGCUGGUUCCUCGCAAGGCAGCAUGAUGGUGUCGAAAAGUGGCGAGAAACCAGCUAUUCCUAGAGAGGCGUCCGACCAAUCCCAACUUGAUUAUUGCAACAUCGUUAGCAGCAACGCCAAGCUUCCUGGAAACCAAGAUUCGGUUGAUCCUCGAGGAGGCGAUGUUCCUCAGCUACCCUGCACAAGAAGUCAAUAUCGGGGUAAGUUAACAUGCAACAAAGCUGCACAGAUCCUUUCUGACAAUGGUGUUUCGUCAGCGCCCAAUUCUUUGCCGACACUGAGCAUUAGAUCCAAGCCUCCUAAGGCUGCUCCAAACUCAACCUGCGCGAACCCAGUUUCUUCUAAAGGGUCAAGAGCUUACCUCACGGACAAGAAGGAACCACUUAGGACCUUCAGAAAAAAUUUGAGUCGAUCACUCUUUUACUAUGCUUCGUCAUCUCGCUCCGCGGGUCCAGGGCAAGACAGCGAGAAAAGGCAUUAG